AUGGCGGACAUCGUUACACGUCCGCAGAACUCUAUCGUGCACCAGAGCAGGCACAGCCCGUACCUGCCCUUCGUGCACGGCCACCAUGGCGAGGCCAAGGUCAUGAACACUGCCAUCAACGGCGAUGGCUUCGGAGUCGGCUGGUACGAUAACUUCGGCCCAGAGCCCUGCGUAUUCAAGUCGACCAUUCCCUCCUGGAACUGCACCAACCUCCAAGCCAUCGCCGCCCACGUGCAGACUCACUGUGCCUUUGCCCACGUGCGCGCUGCAUCCAACGGCUCCAUCUCCGAAGCCAACUGCCACCCGUUCAAGUUUGGCAAGAUGCUCUUCAUGCAAAACGGCACCAUUGCCCACUUCACCAAGAUCAGGGUGGAGAUCCUGGAGGAGAUCAAGUACACCACCGCCUCGAUGAUCGAGGGAAUGACGGACAGCGAGCACGCCGGCGCUCUCUACGUCCACUUCCUGCCCGACCACGACCCCAACAAGGACCACUCGGGCCACGUCAUGAAGGAGGCCAUGCUCAAGAUGAUCAAGUUCAUCCUCGACGUCGUCAAGAAGGAGGAGGAGAAGACCGAGAUCGUCGACGGCGUGCGCAUGCACACCCCCUCGAACAUGAACUUUGCCGUAACAGACGGAACCGUCAUGAUCGCCACCCGCUACCGGGAUUCCCAGAUCUCGCAUCCGCCCUCGCUGUACUUCUCCGAGGCGAAGCAGCUCCACCUACACGACAGCGACCCGGAGAACAACUCCCAGGGCGUGGAGAUUGAUUGGCACUACCCCUCCGAGCAGGAAGAGGCCGAGUCGGUCGUGGUGGCGUCGGAGCCGCUGACCCGACAGCCCAAGAACUGGAUGCUGGUGCCUCGCAACCACCUGCUGGUCAUCACGGCCCACCAGAGGACCAUCAUCGAGGCCAUCGAGUUCGAGGGCCAGGAGACCGAGGGCGAAAUGGUCAAGGAGGCCCCGGCCGACGAGACCGAGGUCAAGAACGAGAUCGAGGAGACCCUGGCCAGCGAGUGGGACCUGGCCGGCGCCCAUUCCGAGAAGAUCACCGGCGAAGAGGAGCUGCGCGAGGAAGUCUUGCGCGACCCGCGUAACAUGAUGAAGGUGGGCAAGAACCGGGGCAGCGUCGAGGAGCAGAGGAAGGUGAAGCAGGAGCUCAAGGACAAGGCGCCCGACUUCAGCAGCAUGCCCGCGUUCGAGGCCGGCCGGCGUCGCCACAGCCUGGCGUCGUGGUACCCCCGAAUGGCGGCGGAUAACCCCUGCGCCGGCAUCACCUCCCUCUCGCCCCUGCCGCCCACCACCGGCCACGCCACGCCGCCUCUGGUCCACCGGGAGCACUCCUCGGUCGGCACGGCCCCGCGCCUGCGCCCCCACAAGCGGGCCGACCGUCUGGAGGUGGUCCACUCGACCUCGGAUCCCGACCUCUACUCCUCGCCGGCCACGCCGUCCCACUCGCUGCCGUCUUCGCCCGUGCCGCAGUCGCGCUCUGAGAGCGACGCGUCGUUGUCGCCCAUGAGCCUCAAGCUGGUCGAGACCGGCGGCGAGGCCGAGGCCGACAAGGGCCUCAAGGACCACAAGAAGGCGACCAAGUCAGAGAUGAAGCAGCAGAAGAAGGACCUCGAGCUCACCGAUGAGGGACAGAAGAAGGACGGGAUGGGCCUGCAGAGGCGCAAUCACGUGGCGCCAGUCGACGACCUCGAAGUCCGCACCGCCGCCUACGCGCCCGAGAAGUCGAUCGGCGAGCCGCUGGAGAUGCUGAAGAAGAAGGGCAAGGCCAAGCUGGAUGAGCUGGGCAAGAGCCUGGGCAGCCGCGGCAGCAGCGACGCGAUGGCGGCAACCAAGCAGGCCCUGGCCGCGGCCGGCGACAUGCACAUCCGGCUCGAUAUGUCGAAGGGCUUCAUGCUCCUGGUCUUAGUCAACAUCCUGUGCGCCAUGCUGUGGGCCACUAAGUGCUGA